GUUACUUCAAUGAUCAGCUAGCGCUAUCCCGUUGUUGCCUUAACCCCUCUUCGAGUUACGGCUCGACCACCAUUCGUCGCGUUCAAGCCGCCAAGAAAAUUCAACUCUGAUUACUGGCAAUAAAUAGACAACCGACAAUAUGGCUACUCAACAAACCACAUCCAAGGACGAUUCUGAGCUGUCGAAGAGGCAGCGUCGCCUUGCGCUGCGGGAGAUUAACCUUGCUGCAUAUACAAACCCGGAGAGCCCAAGCAAGGCCCCGGACUCGUCACUGAAGCGGCACACAGCGCUUAUCAAGCGUAUUCGACAAUCCAUGGCGUACGAAAACCGCGAUCAGAUACUGAAGGAACUUGAGACCCUUACAUUAGAGAAAUACCUGGACGAGAUCGUAGGCGCUAUUAGUGAGGGCGUCCUGAAAUGCAAGACGGAUAGGGAUGUAUGGAGUGCAGUUGAGGUCAUUUCUGCAUUUCAUCGUCGUUUCCCGAAGAACUUCACCCCCGCGGUAGACUCGUCCCUGCUAGCUAUCCUGGCUCCACCCGCUAAGGUCAAUGCUGUCCCCGGCCAGUCCGCUGAACAGAAAGAGAAAGAAGACGUGGCGCGUAUCACUCGCCAACGCCCUGUGCUUCGGAUAUGCGCAGAGUUGGGCAUGGUCGGCGUAUGGCGGAGCGAAGAUGGCACUAAGAGUGGAGGCGAAGGUGUGAUCAAAUUACUCAGGGAUCUUCUCUCUCACGACCCAUCGUUGUCGUCCUUGCCGCUCCUUAUCACAUUUGUCAAAUCAUUUGCUCGCCCCUAUCUAGGGACCAAUGCUGGCGAAGCUGCCGCCGAACCUACACCUUCCGAAGCGCAGGUUGAGGACCAUGAACAGGGUGAGCUUGUGGAGCGAGAAACGCGUGAGAAAUUGAGACGCAUGACGGAGAACUACUACGACACGGUGUCGAAGAAGCUCGUUCAGGCGCAUUUGAAAUUACAAGAGCAGGAUCGGAAGAAUCAUGAAGCAUACAUUCGUUCCGGAGAGAUCUUCGAAGACCGCCAACAGGCAUAUGAAAAGAUGACCAAGAAUUACGAGAAAUUGUUGUCUAGCGUGCAAUCCUUGUCGGAAGUCUUGAGCUUGCCCAUGCCGGAUCUUCCCAAGGAGUCCGGACAUUCUGAGUCAAUCAUCCUAGGAGAUCAAGGGCUCUCUCAUCUGGGUGGAGAUGAUGAAGAAUGGACCUCAACCAACAAAUGGGAGGAUGAAGAAGAGCGACGAUUCUACGAGGACAUUAUCGAUCUCAAGGACUGGGUGCCCAGGAGCAUUCUGGGUAUUGAGGAAGAGAAGAAAGAUGAACAAGCAGAAGCAGAAACUCCAGAAAAGUCUGAGGACGAAGAGAAGAAGCUGGAGGAAGAAAUGCAGAGAUUGGACGACAAAGAGGAAACAGCCACUACCGAUGAUGGAGAUGAUGAUGGUGCAAGUGAGACCGGUUCCGUUACUCCGACUCGUUCACCUUCGCCUGUCAUUUCUACCCUCCCGGCCGUACCUGAAGAGCAACAACAGAGUGCGGGCCCUGCAGCGUUGAUGACUGCUCUUCUGGCCCGUCUUCCAGAUGCUACCAACCGCGAGCUCAUUGAUCAGGCGGCCAUCGAUUUUGCCUUCCUGAAUUCCAAAGCUGCGAGAAAACGGUUGAUCAAGUUCAUGGGUCAAAUCCCUCGGGAGCGAAUUGACAUUAUUCCAUAUUAUUCACGAUUUAUCACUACGUUGAACAAAUACAUGCCUGAUGUCGGAGCUGGGGUUGUGGAGAUGCUUGAAGACCAAUUCCGAUUUUUGCAGAAGCGGAAGAAAAUAGUGAAAGAGCUUGAAAACAGUCGAGCCAAGAAUGUUGCAUUCUUGUCUGCUCUGACCAAGCACCGAGUUGUGCCUUCUCACCUUAUUUUGCACAUUUUCAAAGUCUUCCUGGAUGACUUCAAUGGCCCUAAUGUUGGAAAUGUUGCUCGACUGUUGGAAGGGUGUGGUCGUUUCUUACUUCGGAGUGAGGACACUAAGCGGAAAAUGGCGGAGUUGCUUGGUGUCAUGAAGCGAAAGCAAAGUCUUCAGCACUUCGAUGAAAGACAAAUGCUUAUGCUGGAGAAUGCGUUCUACCAAUGCAACCCUCCCGAACGGGGCCCUAGGGAGGUCAAGCAGCGCGAUCCAAUGGACGCGUUCAUCAGGCAUCUGGUUUACGAUGUCCUGUCCAAGAAAACCGUGGACAAAGUGCUCAGGCUUCUGAGGAAGCUCCAUUGGGAAGACCCGCAAGUGGUACACUGGAUCUUGAAGGUGUUCACCAAAGUUUGGAAACUGCGCUACGCUAGCAUCAGCCUCCUGGCUAUGUUGGCCUGCGAUCUGAAGCAAUAUCAUCCUGACUUCUGCAUCGCCCUUGUCGAUCAGGUCCUUGAGGACAUCCGUCGAGGGCUCGAAGUCAACAUAUUUAAAUGGAAUCAGCGCCGCAUCGCGUCUGUCAAAUAUCUAGCCGAACUGUACAACUAUCGAUUCAUCAGUUCCAACAUAAUUUUCGAUACAUUGUGGCUUCUCGUGACUUUUGGACAUCCGGACGGCCGUCCUCUGCCUGGUCAGCCUGUCCCCAUUGACGCACCAGACGAUUUUUUCCGCGUCCGUUUGGUGUGCACAAUCUUGGAUGCAUGUGGCAUGUGCUUUGAGAAAGGUGCUGGAGCACAGCGACUCGACGCUUUCCUUCCGUUCUUUUUAAUGUAUGUUCAUUGCAAGGAAGCAAUGCCAGUGGACGUGGAUUUCAUGAUUACGGACACAAUUGAGGCUCUCAGGCCGAAGAUGGCGAUGUUCAAGACUUAUGACGAGGCUGCAGCGGCAGUGAACGAGAUCUUCCGAGUGCAAGCCCAGAAGAUGGCUGAUGGCUCUGGUGUCAGCGGGUAUGACAGCGAUGGCGAUGAUGACGAGGAACGUCCCGAUGUCGAAGAUGAGGAAGAAGAUGGAGACAGGCAGCAAGAGGAUGAAACACAAAUGGAUCGCCCAGAGGAAGAGGAAGCCCCGGUAUUGUUGCAUCAGCCCGAGCCCACGGGUCCAUCCGAAGAAGACGAUGCUGAGUUCGCCAAAGAACUGGCUAAGAUGAUCUCCGAUGCAGGAGAAAAUCGCAAAGUGGAUAGGAGGACAGCCAUGACGAUGUGGGAGUCAACCGUUAUGCCGGGCAAUCUUCGCCGACGCAGAGACUCUGUGAACCUAGAGAAUGGCAAGAGUGAGCCGGCGGAUGUCAUGAAAUUUACUUUGCUGUCGAAGAAAGGCAAUCGGCCUCAGACGCACGAACUUAAUGUCCCAGCGUCCUCGGACCUUGCAACGCAGACGCACCUUGCGCAGUUGCGCGAGCAACAGGAGCAGCAAGAUCUCAAGCGGCUUGUACUUGAUUACGGCCAGCGCGAAGAAGAAGAGGACGUGAAAUCUCUGGAAACCUCCAUUCGCAACCGCGGGAUUCGGGUCAACUAUGGUAGAUAGCCUUUACCCAACUUGCGGCAAUCCUGCACGUCAACUUUUAACCCUUUCGGCUCACGAUUUCUCUCUAUUUCUGAUGCCAAGCUGGGCGAUCCUGCUCUCAUGAGACCGCUUCUCAUGAUGCGCACGUUUGCACUAGCACCGACCUCUCUCAACAUGCGUGGCGUGCUGUUGUGUAUGUUCGAUCAGACACUCUGCGAACUCCAUGACCACGGCGGACCUUCCUUGAGGCGUUUGCACUCUCAGAGACGAGUAUGGUACUGUAGGUCCGUAGCACUCCUCCGUAUGUCCUGUAGCCAAGUCCUUUUCAA